GGCAGCCUACCUCCACGAGAAACCUGAAAUGGUAGAAUAUCCUGAACUCCAGCUCGUAGGGAUGUGAACCGUCCCUUCCUGUUUUACUGGCGAUCAGAGAGAAACAUUGACGCCGUAAUAGAGACGCGCAGGCUUCGAUUAUGUCUGGAACCGCUCUCUCCGUCCAAGACCAGGAUUUUUGUUUGCCUACGUGAAACCGGCAACCAGCAAUGUCGCCUUAUAGCGCAUAUAAGACACUUGAAGAGUCAUAGUCUACAAAUAUAUAUUUUUUAUCGCGCUACUACAACCCUUGCUCCUUCUUCUGUCAAUGAUUGUCCUACCCAUAUAAGCCUACUCAUGGCGGAGACCAAAAUUAUAUACCAUAUCGACGAAGAAGAAACCCCUUAUUUAGUCAAACUGACGGUUUCUCCGGAAAAAGUCACGUUGGCGGAUUUUAAAAAUGUCCUUAACAACCGACCGGUCAACAGUUAUAAAUUCUUUUUCAAAUCUAUGGAUCAGGAUUUCGGAGUCGUCAAAGAGGAAAUCUCUGAUGAUAACGCCAAGCUGCCCUGCUUCAACGGCAGAGUGGUGUCCUGGUUGGUGUUGGCUGAAGGCACACACUCGGAUGGGGGAUCUCAAUGCACAGAGAGCCACAAAGAGCUACCACCACCCUUGGAGCGAACUGGAGGGAUUGGAGAUUCCAGACCCCCCUCUUUCCAUGCCAAUGCGGUGAGUAGUCGGGAUGGAUUGGACACAGAGACGGGCACAGAGUCUCUCCAGAGCCAGCGGAGAGAGCGAGAGAGGCAGCGAGCUCACAGGAGGGCACGAGAAAGUGAGUUUCCUCGCAUGAACGGUCACUCGAAAUCGGAACGCGUGAAUCGUGACUCAGCUGUUGGCUAUGACAGUGCUUCGGUGAUAAGCAGCGAGCUGGAAUCCAGCUCUUUUAUUGACAGCGAGGAGGAUGAGGAUGCCAGCAGACUUAGCAGUUCAACCGAGCAGAGCUCUUCAUCACACCUAAUGCGUAGACACAAACGCAGGCGACGAAGACAGAAAGUCACCAAAAUGGACAGGUCCUCAUCCUUUAGUAGUAUUACAGACUCCACAAUGAGCCUCAACAUUAUCACAGUCACUCUCAACAUGGAAAAGUACAACUUCCUUGGCAUCAGUAUUGUGGGUCAAAGUAAUGACAGAGGAGAUGGAGGCAUCUAUAUUGGCUCCAUUAUGAAAGGUGGAGCAGUGGCGGCUGAUGGCAGGAUUGAACCUGGAGACAUGCUGUUACAGGUGAAUGAUGUGAACUUUGAGAACAUGAGUAAUGAUGAUGCUGUCAGGAUUCUACGGGAAAUCGUCUCUAAACCUGGGCCAAUAAGCCUAACGGUGGCAAAAUGUUGGGACCCCUCUCCUAGAAGCUACUUCACCAUCCCUAGAGCUGAACCAGUGAGACCCAUUGACCCUGCUGCCUGGAUCACACACACUACAGCACUUUCUGGGCCAUAUCCCCAUUAUGGUAUGAUCACAUUCGCAUCCCAUAGGAAAUCAUCUGUUAGUUAUGUAAUGGCUGAUUUAUCAUGCUUAACGCUGUUAUUUCUUCCUCAUUUCACAGAGUUUGAUGACCUUCCCCUUUCUGUGUCAAAAACAGACAUGGCGACUAUAGUAAAAGUAAUGCAGCUACCAGAUUCAGGCCUGGAGAUCCGAGACCGAAUGUGGUUAAAGAUCACUAUAGCCAACGCUGUCAUUGGGGCUGAUGUUGUUGACUGGUUGUUCUCUCGGGUGGAGGGCUUCAAGGACAGACGUGAUGCCAGAAAAUAUGCCAGCAGUUUGUUGAAACAUGGCUACCUGAGACACACAGUCAAUAAAAUCACCUUCUCGGAGCAGUGCUACUACACUUUUGGAGAUCUCUGCCAAAAUUUGGCUUCUCUCAAUCUUAAUGAGGGAUCCAGUGGUGGCGGCUCUGACCAAGAUGGUCUCGCUCCUCUUCCUCCACCAGGAACCAACCCCUGGCCCCUCGGUGGGCAGCCCUACCCCUACCCAGGUUACCCCACUCCUCCGCCAGGCUUUCCUCCUGGAUACUCGGAUCCCUGCCACAGUUUCCACAGUGGCAGUGCAGGCAGCCAGCAGAGUGAAGGUAGCAGAAGCAGUGGCUCCAACCCCAGCGCCGGGAAAGGACGGAGAUCCUCCCCUCGAGAGAAGGACCAUAAGGCGCCGUGCUGUGGGGGCAGCGAAUCAGAACUGGGCAUGUGGGUCGGAAGGAGGGGUGAGAGGGCACCCAGUCAGCUGAGUCAUCAAAGCCACAGCCGCUCUGCUGUCAGUCAAGCCCACUCCAGCCACAGCUACACUCACUCUGGGUACAGUCAUGGCCAGUGUCAAAGUGUUUCGCAUCAUAGCCACAACUUCACCUAUAGCCACGCCCCUUUCAUUCAGCCCAAUCAUCUGACCUGUGCCCACAGUGAGAGAAGUCACGGCUCUUCCUACGGCCCGCCGGGUCUGCCCCCUCCGUACUGCCUCGCUCACCUCGCCCCCAAAGUGGCAGCAAGCAACAGCCCACCUGGGGCUCCACCCGUUCGGGAGUUAGGAAACGUCCCUCCAGAACUCACGGCUAGUCGGCAGUCUUUUCAACAUGCUAUGGGCAAUCCUUGUGAAUUUUUCGUUGAUAUUAUGUGACAGGACAGUGCCUUCAACCCUUUCAGAGCACAAGGCCUAGUUCCCCCAGUUUGCUUCAUGAAUUUUUGCUACUGACGAUCCCUGCACUGAGAAUGCACAAACUGACUGCCCGAUUUAAAUUACCCAAUAAUGGAAAUGGUCAUUUACUCUAAUUCAUCCUCAUGUUGAGUUUCUUCCUUCUGUGGAACAAAAUAAUCAGUGUUAUUGUUAAUUACAACUAUAAAACUAUCGUUUUCAGUAAUUGAAAUAAAUCUGAAAAAUAUAAACAGUAGAUUUAUAAAAGAGAACAUUUAAACGACUAACAGAAAUGCAUGUACUGAAAUGAUUCAAACUGAAAUAAAACAUGUAUUAAGGCUAAUAUAAAAAAUUAAAUAAAAAAAGCACUAAAAUUCAGAUGAAAGCUGAAAAUAUAAAAAUGAAACUAUAAUUAAAAUAUUAAUAUUAAUCUUUUUUUCAUAUAAUGAGAGUGAAUAUGGACUGGGGCUGUCAAGCUUUAAAAUGACACACAAAAAAAAAAAAGUAUCAAGUCAUCCAUAAGAGGAAAGAGAAGAUUAUCAUUUUUUUGUAAUGAACAGACCAAAAUUCAUUGUAUGGCUUCGGGAGACUUAACAUAUAACGUUAUAUGUUGCAUGGACUACUUUUAUUUUACUUUUAUGGUGCUUUUCUGUCAUUUUGGAGCUUGACAGAUAUAACCCCCUUUCACUUCUAUUAUAUGGAAUAUAACAGCCAGAAUAUUUAGUGUUCGAAACAACAUGAGAGUGAGCAAAUGACAGAAUUUUCAUUUUUAGGUCAACUCUUCCUUUAACGGUCAUUCAUUAUUUAGAUCAACGAAGGACACUAAAAAAGCACAACUGCAGAGUUCAAUUUACACUCUGACACAAAAAACUACAAUACUUCAGCAGCAAGAUAACACAACUAAUAAGCUUUUUAACAGGAAAGUCAGUGUAUCAGACUCUCUGCUUUUUCUCCUGAGCUGCUCUUCA